CGAAAUAUUCUCCGUAGAUUCUCCGGAGAAAUCAUUAUUAUUUUUUGCAUAUUGUUUCCGAUACAAAUCCAUAAAUAGGCAUCCAUCAAUCUCAAAACAAGGUUAACAGAAUUCUACGGCAACGAUUCCUAUUUUGUUGCUUUGUUAAAACCCUCUUUUUUGUCCUCAUAUUUGUUUUCCUUUGAAGAAAAAAGUCAGGAAAAUUCAAUUGGAUCAAAACCUUUUUCUCUUCCUCUUUCUUCUUCAUAAGAAAACUAAUUGCAGUAACAUCGUCCGAAGAAGGAAGAGGCUAGGGCAUCCAUUUUUCUUUUCUUUUCUAUAUAUAUUUUAAUAUUUAAUUUUACAAGAAACCUGGGCGGCAAAAAUGUCAAUCGGAGGGAAGAGCAAAGUGAAGUUCAUGUGCAGUUUCGGCGGCAAAAUCCUCCCUAGACCUUCCGACGGCCUUCUCAAAUACGUCGGCGGCGAAACUCGCGUCAUCGCCGUCUCUCCAGACAUCACCUUCGUCGAACUCACCAAGAAGCUCGCGGAGAUGACAGAGAACGACGUCGUACUCAAAUACCAAAUCCUCCCCGAAGAUCUCGACGCGUUAGUCUCCGUAAAGUCGGACGAAGACCUCAAACACAUGAUGGACGAAUACAACCGUCACCACCACCACAACGAGACUCCCAAACUCAGAACCUUCUUGUUCCCAGCCAACCCAACGGUUGUUCGAUUAGGUUCUCCUAUCGAGCCUCAGACGAUAGAGCAGCGCUACAUCGAAGCCAUCAACGGCAUUGUUCGCGGCGCUCCGAUCAAAACACGGCCUUCUUUCACCCUCUCCGCUUCCUCCUCUCCUAAAUCUGAAUCAUCACCGGAUGGAUUCGGUAACGAGCAGCCGCCUGAGAUUGGUAGCUACCAAUUGAGCCGGCUUUACCCGAUGCAUAGAGUACGGAGUAGUCCUAACAUCUCACAGCAGUCACAGCCACAUAACCACCACAACCACCAUCACAGUGCUUACUUUCAGCCACCUAACUACUUGAAUUGUAGACUGCGCCCACCACCACCCCCACCGUUAGACUUCCCUAGAGGCGCAGGCUGGGAUGGUAACGGAAAGUACGGUUGCAGUGAGGAACGUAGAGUCUGGGGUAGAGCAAACAGUGUUCCUCACAGUCCUAGGAACCAUGGAUUUCGUCUCUGAUAACAUUUAUAUAUACAUGGUCUUCUUGUGUUUUGUUGUUGUGUAGUUUCUGACAGACAUCUGUAGGAAUCUAGUGUGUUUACUACUCUUGCAAGAGAUUUGGUUUGUAAAGCUGAGAAGGACAAAGUUUGACUCCUACCAUUAGUUUGCUGCCCAAAAUGAUAUUGUUCUUCCUACUAAA